AUGAUGCAAAAGAAUUCAACCUUCGAAGACAAAUGGCCUAGUAUGCGGCCCGUUGUACUGAGCCUACUGAAACAGGAACGCGUCACACCAUCAGAAUGGCAGGAGCUGUUUUUUGCCGUGCAUCUCGUGUGCCUUUGGGACGAUAAGGGUCCACUGAAGAUACACGAGAGUCUACAGCAGGAUAUAGUGGCUUACAUCAAGCAGGCACAAUGCCGCGUUCUGGCACAGCGAGAAGAGCAAGCCCUGCUGAAAGCGUACAUCGUAGAGUGGCGUAAAUUUUUCACGCAAAGCAAUUACCUGCCGUUGCCGUUUGCGAAGCUGGAAAGUUGCCUACAAAGCAAGGGUAGCUCUUCCUCAGUUUCGUCUUCCGGGGCUGGUGCAUCAUCUUCCUCCUCGUCGUCGGCAACGGCGACCGGGGCUGGUACGAGCCAUAAUUCUGCUGCUUGCGCCUCGGCCAGCACAAGUAGCAGCAGUAGCAGUAGCUCCUCAAAGAAACCGAACCACGCCGAAGACUCGAUCGUGCGCAAGCUGAUGCUGGACUCGUGGAAUCAGAGCAUUUUCAUGAACAUCAAGCACCGAUUACAGGAGUCUGCCAUGAAGCUGGUACACGCUGAACGCAAUGGUGAAGCGUUUGAUUCGCAGCUUGUGAUUGGUGUGCGCGAAAGCUAUGUCAAUCUGUGCUCCAACACGGAGGAUAAGCUGGAGAUUUACAGGGAGAAUUUUGAGGCGGCCUAUCUACACGCGACCUCCUCGUUCUACCGACUAAAGGCAAGCGAACAGCUCCAAACGAACGGUGUGAAAAGUUUCAUGGAGUAUGCGGAUGCAAAGCUGCGUGAGGAGGAAGCCCGGGGCGAGCGGUACCUCGAACCGGGCAGCAUAACGGCCCUUGGUCAGUGCUGCGUUACGGUGCUAAUAGGUGACCAUCUGCCCACGCUGCUGGCCGAAUGUGCACCGCUGAUCGAGGCGCGCGAAACGCAACGUUUGCAGCUGAUGUUUCGUCUGCUGGAUCGUGUAGCUGGCGGAGUGGAUCCGAUGCUACGCGAUCUGGAAAAUCACAUCGUACAGGCCGGGCUGGCCGAUAUGGUGGCGGCCGCCGACAUCAUUACGCAGGAUUCGGAAAAAUACGUCGAACGGUUGCUGAAGCUGUUUCGCCGAUUUAGCGAUCUGGUGAAGGAAGCGUUCAAUGACGAUCCUCGGUUCCUGACGGCUCGUGACAAAGCGUUCAAAACGGUCGUGAAUGACAUAACACUGUUUAAGCUAGAGCUGCCCACCUCGAACACGGCAAUGGCCCGUGGGAUAAAGAUAUCGACGCCCGAGUCCAAGUGUCCCGAGCUGCUGGCCAACUACUGUGAUAUGCUGCUGCGGCGAACGCCGUUCAGCAAGCGGCUGACCACCGAAGAGAUUGAAUCUCGUCUCAAGGACGUUCUGCUGGUGCUCAAGUAUGUAAGCAAUAAGGAUGUCUUUAUGCGGUACCAUAAGGCUCACCUAACGCGCAGACUCAUCCUAGAUUCUAGCGCCGAUAGUGAAAAAGAGGAAGAUAUGGUGGAAUGGUUAAGAGAAGUCGGAAUGCCUGCGGACUACGUGAAUAAGUUGGCUCGAAUGUUUCAGGAUAUUAAGGUUAGUGAAGAUUUGAAUACUCAGUUCCGUUCGCAAACGACGCGUCAUGAUGCGAUUAACAUUAAGAUCCUUAAUGCCGGUGCCUGGGCUCGGGGUUCCGAGCGUGUUUCGGUCAGUUUGCCGCUCGAGCUCGAAGACUACAUUCCGGAGGUGGAGGAAUUUUACAAGAAGAAACAUUCGGGCCGCAAGCUCCAAUGGUACCAUCAUAUGAGCAACGGUACGAUCACGUUCGCCAACAACACGGGUCGGUUCGAUCUGGACGUGACCACAUUCCAGAUGGCGGUACUGUUCGCGUGGAACCAGCGCCCGAACGAGAAGGUUUCGUACGAAAACUUGCGCCUCGCGACCGAACUUCCCGAUCCGGAGCUGCGGCGUACACUCUGGUCGUUGGUAGCCUUCCCGAAGCUGAAGCGUCAACUGCUGGUGUACGAGCCGGCCAUAAGCAAUCCAAAGGAUUUCAGCGAAAACACCCUGUUUUGGGUAAAUCAGGAGUUCGCAAUCAUCAAGAACGGCAAACCGCAACGUCGCGGUAAGGUCAAUCUGGUGGGCCGAUUGCAGCUCAGCACGGAACGGUCCCAACAAGAGGACAAUCAGUCGAUAGUGCAGCUGCGAAUAUUGCGCACACAGGAGGCAAUUAUUAAGAUCAUGAAAAUGCGCAAACGUUUGAGCAAUGCUGCGCUACAGGCCGAACUGGUUGAUAUACUUAAAAACAUGUUCCUGCCAUCGAAGAAAAUGAUUAAGGAGCAGCUUGAGUGGCUAAUAGAGCAUAAAUACAUGCGGAGAGACGACGACGAUAUAAAUACCUUCAUUUACAUGGCGUAA